UUUCGUAUUCCUUUGGUGCGGGAGUUUCGUAUUCCUUUGGUGCGGGAGUGGGUGGUUUGUAUUCCUCCUUUGGAGUCUCGUAAGUUGUUGGGGGUUCGACAUAUUCUUUGGGAACGGGUUCGGCUAAGGCAUCUCGUUUAA